CCUUAUCCCUGUUGAGCCUACUGAAGACAUCAUCAUCCUAGCAGGCUUAUUUUAUAUUUUCCACUCUUUUUCAUUGUAUGGAAUACUUUGUGCACUGCUUAGAGACAGUGGCAAUCAAGCUGUAUAGAAAUGGCUGAGACAAAUUAAACGGGGCUGGGAAGUUGCUCAGUGAUGCAGCACAUGCACUCUGCACAUGCUCAAGUGUGCUCUGAUCCUUAGCUCAUCAUUACGUUCACCCUGCUCAAGGGAACAUCCCAGGCCUGCUGCUAAGCGAGAUGUUCAAUUACCUUCAGCCAUUUCCAGUCCCUCAGGAGGAAGCAAGGAACGGGGGUGAAUUGGGAGUGGUGUUCCGUUGGCUGUGAGGGACAAUGAAGAUCCCGCUCUCCCUGUGUCAAAAGCAUGGGAAGCAAUCAAGGAGCAUUCACUGCUACUUGAGAAAACUUUCAGGAUCUGCAGAGAUCUUUUGAAAAAGAUCACGUGCUCACUGAGUUUCGCAGUCAUUUCCGGGAAGUGAAACUCCCAGUGGCUGAAAACGAAACUCGGGUCUUUGGUGCGAGGGAGCCAUGGCUGCUGCAGGGGGUCCCAUCCAGAAUCUUUGUGACGAAGCCACGUGCUCCAUCUGCCUGGAUUACUUCAAGGAUCCAGUCACCAUUGCAGAGUGUGGGCACAACUUCUGCCGAUCCUGCCUGAUCCUGUUCUGGGGGGAAUCGGAGGCAGAGGCUUCCUGCCCUCAAUGCAGAAAAACAGUCCAGAGAAGGAGCCUCAUCCGCAACAGGCAACUGGCAAACUUCGUAGAAUUAAUCGAGAAUCUCAGCCUUCAAGAGGGAAAGGAGGAAGGAGGGAAAGGAGGAGUCUGCGAGAAGCACCAGGAGCCCCUGAAGCUCUUCUGCACGGAGGAUGAAGCCCCCAUCUGCCUGGUGUGUGACAGAUCCAAGGAGCACAAACACCACGAGGUGAUUCCUCUGGAGGAGGCUUUCGAGGAAUACAAGGGAGAGAUCUGUCACCGCUUGGAGAUUCUGAGGAAAGAGAGAGAGGAAAUUCUGGCCUAUCAAGCAGCCCUGGAGAAGGAAAGCAAAGACCUCCUGAAAUUAACAGAAACGGAGAGGCUGAAGACUGUGGAGAAGUUCAGAGAACUGCGCCGGUUCCUGGAAGAACAAGAGAAACGUCUGCUGACUCAUGUGGAAGAGGUGGAGAAGGAGAUUGCAGGGAGAAGGGAUGAGCAGCUGGCCAGACUCUCCAGGAAACUCUCCUCUCUUGAGAGGAUCAUCCAGGAGAUGGAGGAGAAGAGUCAGCAGCCAGCGAGUGAACUCCUGCAGGAUGUGAGAAGGACCUUGCAGAGGUAUGAGGAAAGAGAGAGUCCAGAGAAGCCACUGGCUUUCCCUCCAGAACUGAGGAGCAGGAUCUUGGAAUCCGGUGAACUAAUUCACCUUGUGAAGAAUACAAUGAAACAAUGGAAAGAUGCUCUGCUAUUCAGUGAACAAAUUCAGAAAGCAAAUGUCACUCUGGAUCCUGACACAGCCCAUCCUGAACUCAUCCUGUCCGAGGAUCGGAAAAGCCUGAGUAGGGGAGACAAACCUCAAGCCCUGCCUGAUAAUCCUGAGAGAUUCAGUGACUGGCCUUGUGUGUUGGGAUGUGAGGGAUUCACAGCAGGCAGACAUUUCUGGGAAGUCACUGUGGAAAGUGGGGAAGAGUGGGCUUUGGGGGUCGCCAGGAAGUCUGUGGAGAGAAAGGGCAUCUUCCCCUUAAGGCCUGAGAGAGGGAUUCGGGCUGUGGAGAAGUGGGGAGGGGAAUACUGGGCCUGCACCUCCCCUCAUUCCCCUCCUCUGUCCCUGAGGGAGAAGCCCAGGAGUAUCCGAGUGACUCUGGACUAUGAAGGGGGACGUGUGUCUUUUUCUGACGCUGACUCAGGAGCCGAACUCUACAUGUUCUCAGGAGCCUCGUUCUCUGGAGAGACCCUCCUCCCUUUCUUUGAUCUGGGGGAAAUUAUAAAACCCACCUCAGUAUCUCCUGAGGAGACUAAAUCUGCCUCUCGGGCCCAGCAGGAGUUUCUCUCCAGACCAGAGUGACUGACAUAAAAACCAUUUACCCGCCAAGAGCAGGUUGGGCAGUUUUCCAAGGGCCCUUUGAGAGGAUUCAUUCCAGUCAAAAUCAGCAGAAAUAACCAAACAAAAAUGGGUUGCUCUUGCUUUGCAUUUUCUUUCCUUUUCCCAGAAAUCCCUCUGCAGCUUACUUCUUAGAGAGACAGCCACACUUUUAGGAGUCCUAAUAAAUUUUCUCACCUUCAAUCUUGA